AUGGGACGAUACUUCGACACGACCGGUGCCCUACUACAAGCGCACGAUGUUGUCGCGCGCGAAGUGUAUGGCGAAGAAUCCCUCCGAGCGUCACCGCCGCCGGUCAACGGGAGGGCUCAGCCCCCCGAAGAGGAGGAAGACACCGAACCCGAGUUCGAAAACGUGACCAGAGUACGCCUCGUACAGUUUCAGAAGAACACCGACGAGCCUAUGGGCAUAACACUGAAACUGGCGGACGACGGUCGUUGCAUCGUAGCACGCAUUAUGCACGGCGGCAUGAUACACAGACAGGCUACGUUGCACGUAGGUGAUGAGAUCAAGGAGAUCAACGGCACCCCCGUGGCUAACCAGUCGGUCGCGCAGCUUCAAAGAAUGCUGCGAGAGGCUCGUGGUUCGGUCACUUUCAAGAUCGUGCCCUCGUAUAGGUCAGCACCGCCGCCGUGUGAGCUAUUCCGGAUAAAGCCUUCGCCCGUGCUAAUAUUUGUGAGAGCACAAUUCGACUACGAUCCUUUGGAAGAUGAGUUGAUACCGUGCGCUCAAGCGGGCAUCGCUUUCAAUACAGGCGAUAUACUACAGAUUAUAAGUAAAGACGACUCCCACUGGUGGCAAGCCCGGAAGGAUGCUUCGGGGGGUUCGGCCGGACUCAUACCAAGUCCUGAGUUACAAGAAUGGCGAGCCGCCUGCGCAGCCGCAGAAAGAUCUAACACCGAUCAAGGAGCUGAAGGAUGCGUGUCGCAUACCGACGGAUGUGAGAAUACAGUCAAUUGUUCGAUAUUCGGUCGCAAGAAGAAACAGUCGAAAGACAAAUAUUUGGCGAAACACAACGCUGUGUUUGAUCAACUGGACGUAGUGACUUACGAAGAAGUUGUUAAACUUCCAUCUUUCCAGAGAAAAACGAUAGUGCUCCUCGGCGCUCACGGAGUGGGCCGCCGCCACAUAAAGAACACUCUCAUCGCACGUCACCCAGACCAGUACGCAUAUCCCAUACCACAUACUACUAGACCACCGCGCACGGACGAAGAGAACGGUAGACAUUACUACUUCGUGACGCACGACGAAAUGAUGGCAGAUAUAGCUGCUAACGAAUAUCUGGAAUACGGCACUCACGAGGACGCUAUGUACGGUACAAAAUUAGAUACAAUACGUCGUAUACACUCCGAGCGUCGCAUCGCAAUACUGGACGUGGAGCCGCAAGCGUUGAAGAUACUGCGCACUGCCGAGUUCGCGCCCUACGUCGUCUUCGUGGCGGCGCCGUCGCUGAACAAUGUCGCCGAUUAUGACGGUUCUCUCGAAGUGCUCGCCCGCGAGUCGGACCAGCUGCGACGCACGUACGGCCACUACUUCGACAUGUCGAUAGUGAACAACGACAUCGACGACACGCUCGCGCAGCUGGAGGCGGCGCUCGCGCGCAUGCGCUCCGCGCCGCAGUGGGUGCCCGUCUCCUGGGUGUAU